UACGGCAGCUACGUCCUAAAAUAUUGUUAUGAUUGUAGAUGUGGCAGUCUAACAACGUGUCUUUGCUCAGCACUUGUCAACUUUGCUGCAGCAGGAAAAUUCGACUUUUAUGCGCUGCUUGUGGUCCUGAAGUCAAGUUGCAAUGUUGCAAAGGCUGGCUCUGUGCUCCCAUCUAAAGACAAGGACCAAUGUUUGCCCAGGCUUCAGCAGGGCAGUGUCCCAAGCCAAGUUCCCUGUCACCCAUUCUCCUGGGAAGUCUGCAGCGCACCGCAGCGAACUGCGACAGGCAAAGCGCAUUGUGGUGAAGCUGGGCAGCGCUGUUGUCACACGGGGAGACGAGUGUGGCCUGGCCCUCGGUCGCCUCGCCUCUAUUGUGGAGCAGGUGGCUGUGCUGCAGAACCAAGGCAGGGAGAUGAUGAUCGUCACCAGUGGGGCCGUAGCUUUCGGGAGGCAGAGACUGAGACAUGAGAUCCUGCUUUCUCAAAGCGUCAGACAAGCCUUGCACUCCGGGCAGAACCAGCUUAAAGAAAUGUCACUGCCGGUUCUGGAAGCCCGGGCGUGUGCGGCCGCUGGGCAGAGCGGGUUGAUGGCUCUGUAUGAAGCCAUGUUCACCCAGUACAGCACCUGCACUGCCCAGAUUCUGGUGACCAACCUUGACUUCCACGAUGAGCAGAAGCGUCGCAACCUGAACAGCACACUUCACGAGCUGCUUCGCAUGAACAUUGUGCCCAUCAUCAACACCAAUGACGCUGUGGUUCCGCCCCCUGUUCCCAACAGUGACCUGCAGGGGGUAAAUGUAAUACACAUCAAAGAUAAUGACAGCUUGGCUGCAAGACUAGCCGUUGAAAUGAAAGCAGACCUGCUUAUUGCACUGUCCGAUGUUGAAGGACUGUAUGACAGCCCACCAGGAACGGAUGAUGCCAAACUCAUUGACAUCUUCUACCCUGGCGACCAGCAAUCUAUCAGAUAUGGCUCCAAGUCCAAAGUGGGCAUUGGGGGCAUGGAAGCAAAGGUGAAGUCUGCACUGUGGGCGCUUCAGGGCGGAACCUCGGUCGUCAUUGCCAACGGCACCGACCCCAAGGUCACGGGCCACGUCAUCACAGACAUAGUGGAGGGGAAGAAAGUGGGCACCUUCUUCUCUGAAGUCAAGCCGGCCGGUCCCACAGUGGAGCAGCAGACUGAGAUGGCCCGACAGGCAGGCAGGGUUCUGGCCAAUCUUCACCCAGAUGAGAGAGGAGAGAUCAUUUGUCGUUUGGCUGACUUGCUGACUGAGAAGAAGGAGGAGAUUCUCAGUGCCAACAAGAGAGACUUGGAAGCUGCUGCCUCAUCAGGUCGUCUUUCCCAACCCCUUCUGGCGAGGUUGAGUCUGUCGUCGUCGAAGUUGAACAGCCUAGCCAUCGGCCUGCGCCAGAUCGCCAUAUCAUCCCGGUACAGCGUGGGCCAGGUGCUCCGCAGGACCAGAGUGGCCAACAACCUGGAGCUGGAGCAGAUCACUGUGCCCAUCGGCGUCCUGCUCGUCAUCUUCGAGUCCAGGCCCGACUGUCUUCCUCAGGUGUCUGCUUUGGCCAUCGCCAGUGGGAACUCUCUGUUACUGAAGGGGGGUAAAGAAGCUGCCAACACCAACCGUAUCCUGCAUCAACUGACCCAGGAGGCCCUCUCCAUCCACGGGGUGAAGGACGCCAUUCAGCUGGUGAGUACACGUGAGGAGGUAGAGGACCUGUGCAGGCUGGAUAAGAUGAUAGACCUGAUCAUCCCUCGAGGCUCAUCCCAGUUAGUCAGAGACAUCCAGAGAGCCGCCAAGGGCAUCCCUGUGUUGGGACACAGUGAGGGAAUCUGCCACGUCUACAUCGACUCUGAAGCUUGCAUUGAAAAGGCCAUCGAUAUCAUCAAAGAUUCUAAAUGUGACUACCCUGCGGCCUGCAAUGCCAUGGAGACCUUACUACUCAACAAAGACCUGCUGAGAACUCCAAUGUUUGACCAGAUCGUAGACAUGCUGAGAGUGGAACAGGUGAAGAUCCAUGCAGGACCCAGGUUUGCGUCCUACCUGACCUUCAGCCCGUCUGAGGUCAAGUCCCUGAGGACUGAGUAUGGGGACCUGGAGUGCUGCAUCGAGGUGGUGGACAGCAUGCAGGAUGCCGUGGACCACAUCCACAAAUACGGCAGCUCCCACACCGAUGUUAUUGUUACUGAAAACGAGGAGACCGCUGAACAGUUCAUGCAGCAGGUGGACAGUGCUUGUGUCUUCUGGAACGCUAGCUCGCGCUUUGCUGAUGGAUACAGAUUUGGUCUUGGUGCUGAGGUUGGCAUCAGCACGGCUCGUAUCCAUGCCAGGGGCCCCGUGGGCCUGGAGGGGCUGCUGACCACUAAAUGGGUCCUCCGUGGGGAGGGCCACACGGUGGCAGACUUCUCAGAGUCAGGCAGCAUGAAGUACCUUCAUGAGAACAUCCCCGUUCCACACCGGAUCCCCAGCUAAGUCACCACGCUUCAUGAGAACAUCCCUGUUCCACACCGGAUCCCCAGCUAAGUCACCAUGCUUCAUGAGAACAUCCCCGUUCCACACCGGAUCCCCAGCUAAGUCAACAUGCUUCAUGAGAACAUCCCCGUUCCACACCGGAUCCCCAGCUAAGUCACCACGCUUCAUGAGAACAUCCCCGUUCCACACCGGAUCCCCAGCUAAGUCACCACGCUUCAUGAGAACAUCCCCGUUCCACACCGGAUCCCCAGCUAAGUCACCAUGCUUCAUGAGAACAUCCCCGUUCCACACCGGAUCCCCAGCUAAGUCACUGCAGUCAGUUACAAAACACUCAAAUACAGCACUGGUCCCGUCAGGUGGGGAGUGGAAACUCAAAGGUAUAUUUUUCAACUGUAGCGUUUCAACUGCAAUGUCAUCUGUGGAUCAAACCAAUGUGACUGUGGCACUCAACAAACCAUGUGUUCUCCAGCUACAGCAUCAGAGCAUUACGAAGUCCUAUGACAGAGUUGUGAAGAAGUUGUAAGAAGAAAGGUCAAAAUGUAGGCGCCUGAAUAUAGGUCUUAGCCGUGGUAUAUUGACCAUGUACCACAAUCCCCCAGUAGCUUAUUCCUGUUAAUUAUUGGUUACCAAAGCAAUUUGAACAGUAAAACGUAUUUAUUUGCUACAGUUUGAUAUCGCAUGGCUUCCAGUCGAUUCGCAUUCAGGACUCAAACCACCUGGUUUAUGAUAAGAAAUAAGGUCCUGCAGGCCAGAGGGAAUCAUGAGUAUGUGAUAAAUACAUUUUGCUGUAUCCCUAUCGGUUAUGCAUAAGGUCUCUACAGUGUUUUAUUUUUAUAGUGACUCCAAGGACGCUCUGUUUUGUUUAACCCCCCCCCCCCCCCCCAAUGAAUUUGUAUAUGGUUAAAUUAUUUGCAAUCAUGAUUGGUAAAUGGCCUUAAUUUUUGUGACUUUUUAUAUUAGCUUUCCUUUUGUUCAUGGUUAUGGGCAUGUUUUGGCUGUUAGACCUAACAAGUCUUCUGUGAGUUUCUUUGUUUUGCCACAGAUGCUUAAUAAAUGAUGUACAGUUCUGUA